AUGAAUUCAUAAGAACUCCGAUCGAAUUCUUUAUAGCUAACACAGCAAAGAAGCUAAAAGCUAGAAUAAAAAACUCCUCUAAAGCGAAUUAGGGUUGGAGAAAAUGCACGUUUACAUUAACCAGUUAUCUAAAAUAGAACUUCUCUUUCAUAUAUUCACACUACUUCGACAAGUUAAAUUAAUUUUAGCAAGCAUGAUAUUCCUAAUUCCCCAAGUAGCAUAGUGCAUUUAGAAUAGUAUUUUAAAGAGUCAAUUGAUUAAACUAAACAUGGUAAUCAAAGCACUUAAAAGGGAUUAAAGUAGAGAAAUUUUUAGGAACAUUUAGAUAAACUUGAAAUCAACAAGCUUGAAAGCGAAAACCAUACUUUGCCACCUCUUAAAGAAUCAAGCAAAUAAUUAAUUGAGAAUAAUAGCAAUACAAUUAGUUAGUUAGUUCAAAGCUGCAAAAAACUAAAUAUUACAUCUUUUGGCAAUAUUCCAUUUAACAACAUGAGUCCUAAGAGUGAAAAAGGAUUCCAUGUAAAUGGCGCCAACAAAAUAUAGGCAUUUAAUUCUGAAUAAAUAAAUAAUAUCAUCAAUCCUGCUUUAAAAGUAUAGAUUGUACCUAAUACAAAAGAAUAAACUAAAAGCAUCAAUUAGUCUACGACUCAAAAUUAUAUUAUCAGUUAAGUUUAAAAUGUUAGCACAUUAUAGAACUAGUCAAUAGUUAAAGAGAAGCUCUAAUCUCUUUAAAGUUUCUGUUCUCCUAAAACUCUUUCUUCAAAAAAAUCUAAACAAGAUGGAGCUCCAGAGAGUAAAGUAGAAUCUUUUGCAUCACCUACUUCAAUCAAUAGUAAAACCGAAGAAAAUAAGAACUAUUUAAUGAAAAAACAAUUUUCAGAAGGUAUUCUAAAGCUGAUGAAAACAGAUUCACCCUUAAGAAUGCAACAGAGUUCAUUUUAUGCAAAAAAUAGUUAUUUUAAUAACAUUUAAAAUUUAAAUAAGACACAAACAAAAGAUACUUAAACAUAUUCUUCAGUAGAUAAAAAUGCAAAUUAAUAGCAAGCAAACAAAAGCAGCAUAGGAAGAAAAAGGGCAACCAUGCAAGAAUUUUUCACUAACAGACUAAACACAAAAAACAAUACUUAAUAAGAUAAAAUGUAAAGUUAUGAUGAUUUUUCUCUGAAAUAAGCGCAUUCCACUUCAUAGUAAACAAAUAAUAAAUUAAGCAGCAGUAGUAUAACCUAGUACUCAAAACUAGAAGAUGUUUCUAAAAUAUUGCAAAUGCAAGUUUCUAAUGCUUUAACAGAUGUGCCAAGAAAUAGAGCAGAUUUAAAGGAAUUAAUUAAGUGGUUUGAAUUGAUUAAAAAGUAAAAUGAAGAGCAGAAUAAAUAUAAUAUAAAUGAGAAAAGGAAGAAAUAAUUAGAAAUCAUACAAGUUUGUUUUAAAGAGUUGAGCCAUUAAAUUAGGAUUGAUUUUUUGGAAAGAGAACAAUUUUUUAAAAUGGUUUGGAAUGAGAAUGUUAAUUAUUAUAAAAGCUUCAUAGAAGAUUUUGAAUAGAUAAAAAUAAAAUUAAAUACUGAUGCUGAUUCAGAGUACAAUCGAGUUAGCAACUUCUACCAAUAAUAUAUCAAAACAAAAGAUUUGGCUACAGAAGAAGCAUUUCUAGAGAAAAGAAAUGCUGAGAAAAAAUUAGAAGAAAUUAAAUAAGAGCUGACUGCAAAUUAAUAAAUCUAAGACUCAUUAAAAGAAGAGGUGAAUAAAUUUAAAAAGAUUUGCAUGUUUCUUAAAAAGAAGCUCGUAACAGUGACUAAAGAGUUAGAGGGAGUGAUGUAAAGAUAAGAAGACAGAGCACGACAUAGCAAGCACCAACUUAACGAGUAUUUUAAAGACUAGAUGCAAAAAUUAAAAUAAUAAGGAUUAAAUAUCUCUUAAUAAAAUGAAUCAACUAUUUAAAAUUUAAUUGAGUAAUUGAGAUAAGCGAAUGAUAAUUUAACAACUUAGUAAAAGUAGAAUAUUGUGUAGGAUUAAAAGCAGGAGUAAGAAGAAUAGUAAAAAAAUAAAAAUAAUAAUGAAGAAGAUGAGGAAGAAUAAGAAUAAGAGGAUGAUGAUAAUUUUACUUUUGAGUAUAAUGAAGGAGGAGACUUGGUUCAAGGAGUUGAUUAGUUAAAUGCAGUUAUAGUAAAUACUGAAUAAGAAGUUAAAAAAGAAUGUAAAGAGACUGAGGUCGAUGAUUAAUUAAGAAGAAUGUACAUGAAAGAUGUAGAAGUUUAAACUAAAUUAUAUUUAGUUGAUAAUAAAUUUGAUGCUGUUUUGUAUGAUGUAGAAACUAUGAAUGAUAUAUUUGAUUUUUAUGUCUAUAAGUAGUAAAUGGAUGAAUAAGUUGACAAAUUUGAUGUUAAUCAGUUUAUGCAGUAGCUUGGAGAAUAGGAUUAGAUAGAGAAUUAGAAUUUUGUUUAAACUAUCACUAAUAUUAGAAUGGAUAGUAUAGAAGAGAGUAGUAGUAAUAAUGAUAGUAAAAAUUAAAGUGAUAGUAGCAACUCAAGUGAUAGUGAAGAAAGUGAAACAGAAGAUUAAACUAAAAAAUUGUAGAAAGAAAAUAAAAAAUAAAAAUUAGCAAGAUAAUCAAAAAUUUUGUAGAAUUUGCAUCCAUAAUUAAUGGUCACAGCAGCUAAAAAAGAUUAUGAUAGUUUAAGAGGAUUUUAAUAGAGAUAAAGUAUUAGGUAGAGACUUUCAAUAAGACAAAAUGUUUUCAAUUCUAAUAGACACUUAGCUUUAUACCUUGAACAGUAUUUGUCUAGUAAUUUUAUUAAUGAUAUCAUAAGUAUUUUUGCUGAAAAAAUAACUGGAUAAGCUGAUCCUAAUGUUUCCUCUUCAGUAAACUUACUUGAAGUGCCUUCUAUGCUGUAAGCACCAAGAGUAGUUGGAGGUCCUAGAAAGAGUAUUUUGAAUAUGAUUGAUACUAAUCCUUUUGUAUAGAAAAAAAGAAAUGAGUUAAAAUAAAAACUAAACUAGCUUUUAGAUCCUGAAAAACUUAAAACUGUGCUUGAUGAUGCAGGAUUAAAAGUGACUAGCUCAAAUACAGAAUCGAAAUUAGAAAAAUUCGUUAAAAUAUAUUAAAUGUCAUAGUUAAAAGGAUAAGAGUUGUAAGUAUAGCUAAAAGGUGCUAAGUAAAUGCUGGAUAAAUACUAAGAAGACUUAAAAUUAAACAAUGAAAAAUUAAUUGAUAAAGAAUAGCUAACAGAAGAAUAAAAAACUGAAAUAAAUCGUCUCGAAUAAAUUAUAAGAGAUCUCUAAGGCGAAUUAGAAAUGUCACUAAAAAGAGAAAAAGAAAAUUUGUAAUAGAUGAAAAAAGGCACAUUAGAAAAUAUUGAAGAGAGCGAAAUGCAAGUUAAGUCUAAAUAACCUAGAAUAUUUAGAUAGAGAAGAGAAAAAAAAGAAGUAACUGCUUUCUAGCUAGGUAAAAAAAUUAACAUAGAAUGGGAGUUCUAGAAGUAAUAGAAUUCUGGUAAGUAAAUUGUCGAAAAAGCAAAAAAUAAAAAGAUGGCGAAAUUCCAUAAUUUUAUGACUGUAAAAACUGUUUUGAAAUAGAUAUCUAUGUUAUAUAACGAGAGGAUGGUAGUUACUAAGGAAAAUAGCAAUUAUAAAGACAUAGAAUUUUCCAACUUCGUUUAUAACUUUUACAGUGCAUAAUAUGGUGUCAAAAAGAUAGCAGAUCAGAAGUUUCUUAUUUUAAUUCUCUCCAUCAAAAAAUAUAGUUAAAUACUUAGGAUUAAUAUGUUUUCAAGAUUCUUAGGUCUUCAAGAGGGAAACAUGAAUUUUACUACUGAUGAACUCAAUAAGUAUAUAGAUGUGCUAGAUUUUAUUAAUAAUGUUUCUUAAGCAGGAACAAACUUUACUAAUAACGAGAGCGAGUAGAAAUAUUUAGUUCCUUACAUUAAAGCGGUUCACUACAUCAGUUAAUUUGGUGAUUCUCGUAUGAAGACAGAGGAAAAUUAAGAACUUAGAAGAGAAGUAGAAAACAUGAAGUUUAUGGACUCAAACAAGACUGCUGUUUUGGAUUUUGACUAAUUUAUGAAUAGGAUGCUUGCUACUUAUAAAAUACUUGUAAAUAGAGCAAAAUAAUAUGUUAUAAAUGCAUUUAAUGCUUGUGAUUUGGAUGGUAAUAAAAAAUGCAACUUCAACGAAUGGAGCUUACUUAAUAGACACAUAGAGCCAGAUAAAUUUGAUGAUGAUUAAAUUAUUCAAAUUUUUGAAGACAAUGCUGACAUUAUAGAAGAAGAUGGAGAGAAAAAUCUAUCUUUUGAUAAAUUUGCUGUGGUCAGUCUUGAAUAUGAGCUUUUUAGUGAUGAAGCGUAAGAUCGUUAUUUAGAAAUCACUAACCCUCUUCAAUUCAAAAUAAAAUAUGAUUCAUUAAUGCAAAUUUGGCCAAGCAAAUCUAUUGAUAUUUAAAAAAGAUUUUAUAAUCUUUAAAAUAUUGAUGAAGAAACAAAAGAAGAAUGGUUAAAUAUUAUCAAAGUUUUAGAUGAAAAGCUUAACACUUUAGUUUUUUCGAAUUCUAAUGUGAAGCCACUUCUAAUUGCCUACACAAUAUUAGAUAGAGAAUCAAAUUUAUUAGAAGUGGAUAACAUUGAAUACCUCAAAAGUCUUAAUAAUAUUUAAAAUCAGUCGUCACAGAGCCCUGAAAAAUAGUCUCCAAUCUGA